AUGUUGCAGCUGUUCUUCACAGUGGCCUUCUCUGCAGUGCCACUGACUCUGUAUGUUCCACCACUCAGAAGCCUAAACCCCUUUGUAGAGACCAUGGAGGAUCUCUUAUCCGAGUCAAGAUCAUACACCAAUAGGGUCUACCCACGUGUACGCCAUCUUUGGGUUAGGAUCUUGGAUUGUUUACUUUGCAGCACAAGGUGUGAUGAAGAGUUGGUUUUUGGUGUUUGUGGUGGUGUUGUUACUUUGCCAGCCGGAUGA